AUGUCCGACGGUAAGUUUCCGCAAGCUCUCCCGCCGCAACUGAAACUGAUCGCCACUGCAGCUGACCUUGAGGCCGUUCGCCGGCUUCAAGCUGAGCGCAAUGCCGCUGCCGCUGGAGCUAAAGGCUCUAAGACCUUUGACCCGUCUGAUCAACGCACUGAUAACUCAACCAAGGCCUCCUUGACGGACUCCUUCGACACGACUCUGUACGACCGGGGCGGUCCCGACAAGUACUCGGGCUACAACACAUCGAUCGCUGUCGACGGUGAGGAUGAAGAAAUGGAGGACGCGAACGGAGGACAUAAUUUGGUCGGUCAAUACACUGCCACCCGAAGUCAAAUCGAUGAGAUGGCUCAGGGACACGGCGUGGAGGAGGAGGAUAUUCUGCUAGGUCGCGAAAAGGCAGCUCGAAUUGCCGACCGCGAGACAGACUACCAGAAGCGCCGAUUCAACCGUGGUGGCCUGACCCCGACACGCGCCGAUCCCUUCGCCGCCAAUGGUCAAGCCAAUGCCGAGGGCGACGGUCAGACUUACCGUGAGGUCAUGGCUCUUCGAGAACUCGAGAAGGAGGAAGAACGUGUGCAGAAGUUGAUCCAAGAGAAGCGAGAGGCUGGCGAAGAUGUGACUGAACACGAGGCUACCCUGAAGCAAGUGGAACAGAGCAAGGAGACCUCCAAUGUGACCCCAGUGCCUGAGGAUGGUGCCGCUAAGAAGCGAAAGAAGAGGUGGGACGUGGGCACAGAAACUCCUGCUGAACCAGAAGGAUCGAAAGAAUCCAAGCCGAAGAGAUCUCGCUGGGAUGCCGCCCCGGCGCCCGAUGGUUCCGCCGAAGCCCCCAAGCGAUCGCGAUGGGAUCUGGCACCAUCGCUCACGUCCGCCACUCCUGUUGGUAACCAAGGACUUGCUACCCCUAUGCAUCCUUCGCAGGCAGCCCCUGUAGCGGCUGCUGGCCCGUCUGGCCCAAUGGCUGGAUGGUCCGAUGAAGAGCUUGACUUCAUGCUUCCCGGUGAGGCUGAUGGCUACAAAGUUCUUGAUCCUCCACCCGGCUAUGAACCAAUUCGAACCCAGGCCCGCAAGCUUAUGGCCACUCCUGCACCUAUGGCGGCUGGUGGUAUCGGAGGAUUCAUGAUGCAAGAGCCCGAAAGCUCCAAGUCUAUGGGCAAAGAGCUUCCAACCGAUAUCCCCGGCGUUGGCGAUCUCCAGUUCUUCAAGCCGGAGGAUAUGGCCUACUUCGGUAAGCUGAUGGAGGGUGGUGACGAAACCAGCAUGAGUGUUGAGGAGAUGAAGGAGCGAAAGAUCAUGAGAUUACUGCUCAAGGUUAAGAACGGAACUCCACCCAUGCGAAAGACUGCUUUGCGACAGCUUACAGAUAAUGCACGCAACUUCGGAGCUGGUGCUCUGUUCAACCAGAUCCUGCCCUUGCUUAUGGAGAAGUCCUUGGAGGACCAGGAACGCCACCUGCUGGUCAAGGUCAUUGACCGUGUUCUCUACAAGCUUGAUGAUCUGGUCCGCCCCUACGUCCACAAGAUCCUGGUUGUCAUCGAGCCGUUGCUUAUCGAUCAAGACUACUAUGCCCGUGUCGAGGGACGAGAGAUUAUCUCCAACCUUUCCAAGGCCGCCGGUCUUGCUACCAUGAUCAGUACCAUGCGCCCUGAUAUUGAUCACGUUGACGAGUAUGUGCGAAACACCACAGCUCGAGCUUUCGCCGUUGUGGCAUCUGCCCUCGGAAUCCCCGCCCUCCUUCCUUUCCUCCGCGCUGUCUGCCGCAGUAAGAAAUCCUGGCAAGCCCGACACACCGGUGUCAAGAUUAUCCAGCAGAUCCCCAUUCUCAUGGGCUGUGCCAUUCUGCCUCACCUCAAGGGUCUGGUUGAUUGUAUCUCUGACAACCUCGGUGAUGAACAGGCCAAGGUCCGAACUGUCACCGCUCUGUCUGUGGCCGCUCUGGCUGAAGCUGCGAACCCCUAUGGUAUCGAAAGCUUCGACGACAUCCUGAACCCUCUCUGGACCGGUGCCCGCAAGCAGCGCGGCAAGGGUCUCGCCGCCUUCUUGAAGGCCGUCGGUUACAUUAUUCCGCUGAUGGAUGAGGAAUACUCCAACUACUACACUUCACAAAUUAUGGAGAUUCUCCUUCGUGAAUUCUCAUCGCCGGAUGAGGAGAUGAAGAAGGUUGUUUUGAAGGUGGUGUCCCAGUGUGCAAGCACAGACGGUGUCACUGCUAGUUACCUUAAGGAGCACGUUUUGACCGAGUUCUUCAAGAGCUUCUGGGUUCGACGUAUGGCACUCGACCGACGAAACUACCGCCAGGUGGUUGAUACCACCGUUGACUUGGGCCAGAAGGUUGGUGUCGGCGAGAUUCUCGAGCGCACCGUCAACAAUCUGAAAGACGAAAGUGAGCCGUACCGCAAGAUGACGGUUGAGACUGUUGAAAAGCUCGUUGCAUCCCUCGGAGCCGCCGAUAUCUCUGAGAGGCUGGAGGAGCGCCUCAUCGACGGUGUUCUCUUUGCCUUCCAGGAACAAAGCAUCGAAGAUAUCGUGAUCCUGAAUGGAUUCGGUACCGUUGUGAAUGCGCUCGGCUCGCGAUGCAAGCCAUACCUCCCCCAGAUUGUCAGUACUAUUCUCUGGCGUCUGAACAACAAGUCUGCCACUGUCCGACAGCAGGCCGCGGAUCUGAUCUCCCGAAUUGCGAUGGUCAUGAAGCAGUGUGGCGAAGAUGCGCUGAUGGGCAAGCUUGGUGUCGUUCUCUACGAAUACCUUGGUGAAGAAUACCCAGAAGUCUUGGGUUCCAUUCUGGGUGCUUUGCGAUCCAUUGUCACAGUCGUUGGUAUCAACCAGAUGCAGCCACCCAUUCGCGACCUUCUCCCCCGACUCACCCCUAUUCUCCGUAACCGUCACGAAAAGGUGCAGGAAAACACCAUUGACCUGGUCGGUCGUAUCGCCGACCGUGGACCCGAGUCUGUCAACGCCCGUGAAUGGAUGCGUAUCUGCUUCGAACUACUUGACAUGCUCAAGGCUCACAAGAAGGGAAUUCGCCGAGCAGCCAACAACACCUUCGGUUUCAUUGCUAAGGCCAUCGGUCCUCAGGAUGUUCUCGCCACGCUUCUCAACAACUUGCGAGUGCAGGAACGUCAAUCUCGUGUUUGUACAGCUGUUGCCAUCGGUAUCGUGGCUGAGACUUGUGCUCCCUUCACUGUUCUUCCGGCCCUCAUGAACGAGUACCGUGUGCCCGAGCUCAACGUGCAGAACGGUGUGCUCAAGGCCCUGUCCUUCUUAUUCGAAUACAUCGGCGAGAUGGCCAAGGACUACGUCUACGCCGUCACUCCAUUGCUGGAGGAUGCCCUCACCGACCGUGACCAAGUCCACCGACAAACCGCGGCCAGCGUGGUCAAGCACGUUGCUCUCGGUGUUGUCGGACUUGGCUGCGAAGACGCCAUGGUCCACCUUCUCAACCUCGUCUUCCCCAACAUCUUCGAAACCAGUCCCCAUGUCAUCGACCGAAUCAUCGAGGCGAUUGAAGCCAUUCGCAUGGCCGUUGGCACCGGUACCGUCAUGAACUACGUCUGGGCCGGUCUGUUCCACCCUGCUCGUAAGGUGCGCGUUCCUUACUGGCGUCUGUACAACGACGCAUACGUCCAGGGUGCGGAUGCGAUGGUUCCUUACUACCCGGAGAUCGAGGGCGACAUGGAGCGACCGGAAUUGUCUAUUAUGAUCUAA